UCAGCGUCGAAGUAAGUUAGUUCGGUUUUUUCUUCCAAAAUGUUAGGAACCCCAAUGACUUUUUCUUGGCCAUUAAUCGUCCUAACUCUUGCCGCUUCUUCGGUGGAGCACUCGGUUGAUGCCCUAUCCAUCACCAAGGCUUUCACCAAGAUCGGCGAGCGAUUCUACUACAUUGAGGAACAAGAACAGCAGUCUUGGUAUACAGCCCUAUCCUCUUGCCGACGAAUGGGAGCUCAUCUGGCGACCUUGAAAUCAGAGAAGGAACUUUACGACUUGGAUGCUGAGCUCCGCAUACGCAACCAGGGCUACUGGAUUGACGUCAAUGACUUGGAUAGAGAAGGGCAGUUCGUGUCCUGGACAACCAGCAGCCCCUCACCAUAUCUGAAGUGGAAAGCAGGCGAACCGAAUAACCUGUACAACAAGGAGCACUGCGUCGAUAUUUGGGAUGGUCUGAUGAACGAUGACGACUGCAGCGACAAGCGCUAUUUCAUUUGCCAGGCAGGUGAUGGAAUUUAGCAAUUUAUUGCUCACAAAAUGGAUGUAUUUAAAAUCUUUUUAAAAUAAACUUUAAACACCAAAAA